UCUAAUCAAAAUUCAGAUCCUCGGAAUAAUCUUAAGUAACAAGUCUCUCUGCUAUUUAUUAAUAUUAAGCAGAGAAAGGACGUUUUGCUUACUUUUGAUAAGUUGCUGGUAUCUUCAGGUAGGAAUAGGUUUGGAGAAUCUUUAGAGCUUCUUUUACCUCCCUUCAGACCUAAAAAAUGUCUACCCACUAUCACCAUCUGUCCGAGGACCCAGCAACAACAACAAUUAACCAAAACCCUUCGGCUAUUUCAGCUCAGCAACAACAGCUUAGCACCGGGACCGCAAAUGGGCAACCAGUUACCACCAAAAGAUCUUAUCCUUCAGCCACUGCGUCCUAUGAGGAAGUCGCUCAAAGUUCCGACAUUUUCUGGGAAAAACUCAAGGCUUUUCACAAUUCCUUCGGAACCAAAUUCAUGGUCCCUACUAUAGCAAAAAGGAUAAUAGAUCUACAUCGCCUUUUUGUAGAAGUCACAUCUCGAGGUGGCGUUGAAAAGGUUAUUAGAGAACGUAAAUGGAAAGAAGUAAUUGUGGCCUUCAAUUUCCCCACGACAAUUACGAGUGCAUCAUUUGUCUUACGCAAGAAUUAUCUAUCAUUGCUUUAUCACUUUGAGCAGGUCUAUUACUUCCACAAGCAAGGUCCUUCAGUCUCAAUGCCUGUUCCUGCAAACAGAAAGCUUGUCAAUGGGUCAGCCACACUUGAGGAAGGUGCCACUAGAAACGAAUUGUCAGGUCAGGCUACUCCAAUGCUGCCGCUUGGCUGUGUGGUGAAUGGAACAAUUGAUGGAAAAUUUGAUAAUGGAUAUCUGGUUACGGUGAACCUGGGUACUGAUCAACUGAAAGGUGUCCUGUAUCAUAUUCCUCAACAUGUUUCAAAGGGUUCUUAUUCUUUGGACAAGCCUACUCGCCGGAACCGAAAGAGAUCCAGGUUGGAAUUACGUGAUCCAUCUCGGCCGAAAUCAAACAGAAGUGGUUACAAUUUCUUCUUUGCUGAGCAUUAUGCCAGGCUAAAGCCUUCGUACUAUGGGCAAGAGAAAGCCAUCAGCAAAAAGAUUGGGCUUCUUUGGAGCAAUCUCACGGAAGCUGAAAAACAGGUUUAUCAGGAGAAAGGGUUGAUAGACAAGGAGAGAUACAGGACUGAAAUGAUGGAGUAUAAAUCUUCCUAUGAUUCAACACCUCAUUAGUCUCCAUUUUGUAGGUUAAUUUGGCAACCAUUUCUUUGGACACCAGCUUCCUCUCAACUUUUAUUCCUGUUGUUGUUUGUUAAUCUGUUACCUUUCCCGCCUCAAUCUUUCUUUACAAAGACUACCCCAUAGUUUUUCCCUCACAAAGAUUGUGGGAGGUUAAAGGUGCAGAUGAUCUGUAACAUAACUAGAAAUAUUUAUUUCUCGAUCUUGUUUUGAUAGAACACAAUUGCAUCAA